CGACGAAUCCUUUCGCUUCUUUCAACUCCCUCGCCCAGAAGCGCAUCUGAUGGCCUUCUCUCCUCGGACAUGGCCGUUGGUGACAAGAUCCAAUCGGUCCCCUGAGAUUGACUUUUGGGGACCAUUUCUUCCAGAUGGACGGACGAAUACAAGUAGAACCUGCAUUAAAGCAUGCAUGUGGGACGGAGCUCCCCUGCAAAAGAUCCUCAGCAGGGCCCUUGAAGGAAUAGGAUGAACGAGCCUACAAAUAGGUUGUCGUACCCGACGGGCCAGCUGAAAUGGUCCCUUCUAGGUUGGACCUCAAUUGGGCUUUUCCGUAUCGACUUCCAAUUGACCUGGCCUGAUCAACGACCGACGCCAAUAUGAAGGUCCCUGUCGUUCUCUCGUCCCUUGUCGCCGUUGCCUCAGCUGUCACUGUCGCUGAGAUCAACGGCAACCGCUUCCUAUCCCCGCUCCAGGACCAGAAUGUCACCGCAGUCGAGGGUCUCGUCCUCGCAAAGGGACCCAACGGCAUCUGGAUCCGCUCCACCCAGCCUGACGACGAUGAUCUGACAUCCGAGGCCGUCUACGUCUUCGAUCGCAACGUCGGCAGCAGCCUUGCUGUGGGUGAUAUUAUCCAGCUUGACGGCACCAUCCUUGAAUACAGGUCGACCGACACUCACAUGUUCCUCACGGAGAUCAGCAGACCCCGUAAUGUCCAAAUCAUCUCCCGCAACAGCCCGGUUGUCGCCUACGUUGUCGGCGAGGACACCCUGAACCCUCCGACUGAGCAAUUCACCGGCUUGGACAACGGUGAUGUGUUUGCCGUCCCCAACGACGUUGCUAGACUUUCUGCUGUAAAUCCCGUCCUCGACCCGUCCCAGUAUGCCAUGGAUUUCUGGGAGGCCCUCUGCGGCGAGCUCGUCACCAUCAAGAGCCCCGUUGGUGUGACCCGUCCUAAUCAGUACGGUGACACCUGGGUCCUGGGCACUUGGCCUGCAACUGGUCGCAACGAGCAUGGUGGUCUCACCAUGACCGACAAGGAUGGCAACCCUGAGGCCGUCGUCAUCGGCACCCCGCUAGAUGGCACCCGCAAUCCCGAGACCAAGAUGGGAGACCAGUUCGCCGACAUCACCGGCGUCGUAACCUACGCUUUUGGCUUCUACCGCAUCCUACCCCUGACCGCCAUCACCGUCGAGACGCCUGCCUCCAGCGACGCGGAACCCACCACCCUCGAAAGCCGUGGCGACUGCCGUGCCAUCACCGUCGGCUCGUACAACGUUGAGAACCUCUGGACCCAAUCAGCCCACCUGUCCGACAUCGCCGCCAACAUUAUCCAGUACAUGAAGACUCCCGACCUGAUUUUCGUCCAGGAGGUCCAGGACAACAACGGCCCAACCAACGACGACGUCGCCAGCGCCAACCUCACCCUCGCUGCCCUCACCGCCUCCAUCGAGGAACAGAGCGGCAUCCUGUACGACUUCGUCGAGGUCGAGCCCGUCCGUAACCAGGAUGGCGGCCAGCCCGGCGGCAACAUCCGCAACGCCUACCUCUACCGCCGCGACGUCAUCGAGCUGUAUCAGCCCAACCAGGGCGGCAGCACCGAUGAAGCUGUCGUCGUCGAGGGUCCCGCCCUCAACUUCAACCCCGGUCGCAUCGAUAUCGGGAAUCCCGCUUGGGACGCCAGCCGCAAACCCCUCGUCGCCGCCUGGCGGGCCAUUCGCGGGCCUACGAACAAGCCCUUCUUCACUGUCAACGUGCACAAUGGCUCCAAGGGCGGUUCGUCCCCCUUGCACGGCGAUCCUCGCCCUCCCGUCAACAACGGUGUCGACAAGCGCGGAGAGCAAGUCGAGAGCAUCGGGACCUUCAUUGAAUCGAUCCUCUCUCAAGACCCCAAGGCCCGCAUCAUCGCCGCCGGCGACUUCAACGAGUUCGACUUUGUCCGGCCCCAGGUCCUCCUCCGCGAAAAGUACAACAUGACCCAUCUCAGCACCCACAGCCUGCCCGAGACGGAGCGCUACAGCUACGUUUUCGACAUGAACUCGCAGCAGCUCGACCACAUCUACGUCAGUCCCGCUCUGGUGAAUGAGCAGGCCAAGAUCGAACACAUCCACCUGGCUGCGUGGCUCGCUUAUCCCGACCUGGUCAGCGACCAUGACCCCUUGGUCGCCGUCCUGAACGUGUGCGGCUGCUAGGGCGGGUGACGGAUGUUUGGUGUAUGCAGUGUAAACUAAUGUAAUGGAUGUGAUGCGACUGGAAGUUGUUGCUGUAGAUGAGCCAUGGGAACGGAUACGGCCGGUCAUGAGGCAGCAAAUACAACGAGCAAGUUGCAUGUCCACACAUGUUUCCGAAACCUUUUAUUCCCCUGUUAUAUUCUUGUGGUUUCUCCUUGAAAAAAGCAAAGGCCUCCGCAUCCAAGGGCGUGAAAAACAACGUGGACUGAUCCAACAGACGCUGGUGUUGAACAAACUCGUAAAAAAGAAG